ACCAUUCGGGAACCUCCAGCUGCCAAGAAGCUUGCCCGAGUCUACAGUCUUCAAUCGCUGACACUCCCUCUUUCAUGAGAACAGCACUUUGGAGUCUCUUUAAGAUUCAAUCUCAUUACCCUAAUUAUUCUCCGCGAUGUAAAAUUUCUCCAAAUAAUUCACAAGUACAGUUUAAAUGCUCGAGAUUCGACCAUUCGCAGACGGGAUCGGCUUUAAUUAGCAACUGAAUGGCAUAAAUCUGUAUGUUUUUAUACCAUGGGUGGUCUUAAAUCCAAGUGGAGGGUUAUCACGGUGGUGAUAUUUGCAGUAUGCGCGGGUUUAGCUGGAUUGAUGGAGCUGCUGAAGCCUGUUCCGAACGGCUGCAAUAUGACCUACAUGUACCCCACUUACAUUCCCAUUUCUGCUGCCAACAACAUUUCCGCGGGGAAAUAUGGACUGUAUUUGUACCACGAAGGCUGGAGAAAGAUCGACUAUGAUGCGCACCUCAAGCAGCUAUCUGGUGUGCCCGUGCUUUUUAUUCCAGGCAAUGGCGGCAGCUACAAACAGGCAGGUGCGCUCAUUGGCAGCAGAGUCAGAUCGAGCAUUUCAAGGAGGUCCUCUAGAGUCCACUUUUUAUCAGGAAUCUUCCUUCACACCUGAAGAGGCAGGUCUAAGUUCUAGUUCAAAUGGAAGACAGGAGGAGGAUAUGCGGACAAUUUUUUCAAGUAUUAGAGGACAAAACCAAUAUCCAAAUGUUCUCGAUUGGUUUGCUGUCGAUCUUGAAGGCGAACAUUCUGCCAUGGAUGGUCGCAUACUUGAAGAACAUACAGAAUAUGUAGUACAAGCCAUUCACAGGGUCUUGGAUAGGUACAAGGAGUCUUUUAAUACUAGGUUGAAAGAUAGUAAAGAGAACUCUGGAAUUCUGCCAACCAGUGUAAUUUUGGUGGGUCAUUCAAUGGGAGGAUUUGUUGCUAGAGCAGCAGUUGUGCACCCUAAUUUGAGAAAAGGUGUAGUAGAGACCAUUAUCACUCUUUCGAGUCCACAUCGGUCACCACCAGUUGCAUUGCAACCAUCUCUUGGCCAUUUCUUUUCACAAGUGAACAAAGCUUGGAGGAAUGGAUAUCAAAUUCAGAGGACAAGAUCAGGUCGCUGGGUGUCUGAUCCGAUGCUGUCCAAUGUUGUAGUUAUAUCCAUUUCUGGUGGUAUUCAUGACUAUCAGGUACGUUCGACAUUGGCAUCUCUAGAAGGAAUUGUUCCACCCACACAUGGAUUGACAAUCGGUGCUACAGGAAUGAGGGAUGUGUGGCUAUCCAUGGAACAUCAGUCAAUUCUAUGGUGCAAUCAGUUGGUUAUACAGGUCGCACAUGCAAUGCUUCAUUUAAUAGACCAGAAUACGGGCCAACCAUUAUCAAGCACACAAAAGAGGCUAGCGGUAUUUAUCUCAACUCUUCGUAGUGGGAUACCUCAAAAUUUUGGUUGGAUGAGCAGUGUUCAAUUACAACAUUAUGCCAAACAUUUACCAAUCACAGUAGAAGAGCUGGGUAUUUCAGGGAAGCCUGGAUGGAUGAAAGAUCAAUUUUCCUGUCCUGGGUCAACUAAGUGGGCAGAUGAUAGCCGGGAAAGAGAUUUAUACAUUGAGGGGACAACUGUAACAGUUUUGGCUAUGGAUGGAAGGAGGAGAUGGAUGGACAUAAAGAAACUGGCUUCUGAUGGCAAAGAUAACUUUAUUUUUGUUACAAACCUAGCUCCUUGUGUUGGAGUCAGAAUUCAUCUAUGGCCUGAGAAAAGCAAAUUGUCUUUGAGAGAGAAGGUACCUGCAAUUAAAAGGGUAGUGGAGGUAACAUCUAAGAUGGUAAAUAUUCCAGCAGGACCGGCACCAAGACAGAUUGAACCUGGAAGCCAAACAGAACAGGCUCCUCCUUCAGCUGUCCUCUGUCUUGAUCCAGAUGAGCUACAUGGUUUUCGCUUUUUGACAAUAUCUGUUGCACCUCGUCCGACAAUUUCUGGACGACCACCUCCAGCAGCGUCAAUGGCUGUUGGUCAGUUUUUUAAUCCAAGACAAGGGAGAGUCAAAUUUUCUCCACAGUUGCUGCUGCAGUCAAGUUACAAGGAACAGGACUUGAUACUGCAGGAUAAUCAUCCUUUGAUUCUGAACUUAUCAUUCUCCAUAAGCAUGGGAAUUUUACCUGUUACUCUUAAAGUCAAAACAUUAGGUUGUGGAAUAAAAGAUUCUGUACUUCCAAAUGAACAAAUAGGCGAUGAAGAGCACAGCAGUCUUUGCAAGUUACGAUGUUUUCCUCCAGUUGUGCUUGUUUGGGAUACAGAGUCUGGCCUAACUGUCAUUCCAAAUUUAUACUCUGAUACAAUUGCGAUGGAUUCUUCUCCUGCAUUAUGGGGUUCAAGACAUGAUUCCGAAAAAACUACUUUGUUGCUCAUGGUAGAUCCACAUUGCUCCUAUAAAAUAAGUUCAUCAAUCUCUCUUAGUGCUGCUGCAAGCAAAUUUAUACUUCUACAUGGGUCACAGAUCAUCGGGUUUAUGAUGUCAAUUCUCUUUUUUAUGUUGAUGAAACAAGCACGUGCUUGGGAGCUAGAUUUGCCCAUUCCGUCUGUAUUGUCUGCAGUAGAGUCUAAUUUGAGAUUGCCUUUAUCAUUCAGCUUUUUAGCAUUAGGCCCAUUGGUUGUUCAUAUGGGUUUAGCGGUGUUUGCAAAAGAACCUACUCCUCCUUUAGCUAGUUUUGUGAUGGUAUCUUUGGUUUGCUAUACAUUUGCAAAUGGGGCUGUGGUUAUUCUUACUUUGAGUACGCAGCUUUUUUUCUAUGUGGCCGCAUCAAUUCAAGUCUUCUUCAAACAAAGGUGGCAAGCUUGGGAGCACAGACUGCAUGUAGAUUUUGUUAGUCGAUUCUUGGAUCGUUUCUCCAUCCUAUCAAGUUUCCAGGUCUCAUUUAUUUUCUUGAUGAUAAUCAAGAUGUUGAGGGGGAGACCGACGUUCACGGUUGGUGUGAUUGCAAUAGUGCUCAUCUCUUUUCUUCAUCCAGCUCUGGGAUUGAUUAUCUUGUUAUUGUCUCAUGCAUGGUGUUGCCAUACUGCUCUUUGCAGUUUUUUGGCGACUUCAUUUCGCAGCCAUCGACAUAGAAAGGGUGAUUGGUCAAACUCUAAAUUAAAAGCCGAUAUAUUUCCACCUCAAGCUGAUCGUGUAAUAAUGGAUGGCUUUGAGAUGGAGGGAAAUCAUUCGCCUAAUUCUGCCAUUAGCUUUGGGGACACACAGCUGGAAACUUUUAAUUACCAGCAAGGGAUGCUUUUGUUACAUUUGGCAGCAACGGCCAUGCUGGUUCCAUCCCUUGUGGCUUGGGGACAGAGGCUUGGGAUGGACCAGAGUAUUCCAUGGUUCCUUGACUCAGCUCUUUCACUUGGCAUUGUUCUUCAUGCUUUUUGUGCUUCCAAAGCAAACUACAAUGUUUUAUUAUUUCCUUUCCCGCACUUCUGGGUUACUCGUGUAAAGGAGGCUGGCUUGAGCAUCGUGUAUUGUUUGGCAGGGUUUUACUGUUACUUUUCUGGUUUAGCCUUGGCCCCAUACCGUUCUUUCUAUGCUAUGGCAACAGUUGGUUUAGUUUCGGUAUGCUUUAGGAUAGCUGAGAAAAGAUAUAGAGAAAAAGGAGAUUUUCACUUGAAUAGAAGGCACUCCCACCGGCAUUAACAAUUAUGCGUUAACAAUUUUCUACAAGACGGUGCACUUAAAUUAGCACCAUCGGGUUCAUUCUUUUUCCCAUUAAAUGGUGGCCCAAAGAUCUAGAUCUGCUCUAGCAGGACUGCCUUUUGUAAAAUCAGAAUGAAAGAGAUCAUUAUCACAAGUGAUGAGGAUGGUCAGCAAUUUCAUGAGUUUCAAAUGUGUGAUUUAACCAGUUGAAAAUAGUUUCAUUUAGCAUUUUUUUGAUUGUACCAUUUUUAUGAAAGUGAUCGUUUUUGUCCUA